UGCUAAAACAAAGCCUCUUUCACUUUUAAGUCUCACGGUAUACAUUUGUGUGUGUGUGUGUGUGUCUGCGGGGCCAGUGAAUCAGUGCUCACAGCUUUUGGUAUUUGUCAGAACUAUGUUUAGCAUACAAACAAGUACACUCCGCUCUCAGGUUCUCUUUCUGUAGUGAGGAUGGUGGGUUGUGUUGCAUUUUGGUGGAGGGUCAUCCUUUCAUGUUCUGAUGGGUGUCUUUUCCAAUAAGUAGAUAGGAGGAUAUGUGUCAUGAUGUCAUCUGCCUACUGGCCGCAAUGAUCAAUGGUUCUCCUAAGUCCUAAAGGAUGGAUUAAAGUGACGAGGCUUAAUUCAAGAAAUAUCAAUAGUGCUCCAAGAGGUUGGUUGGAUUGAGGUGACAAGAUGCUUGAGGAAAGAAAUCCCCAAUAUUCUCCUUUUACCUUGUAGGUCAUGUCCUGGGAAGCAAAUGGAAACAACAUGCCUGAUAGUUACUUAGUUUUCACUUGGAAAGUAUUUUGCGUGAAAACAAUAAGUUCGAACUUAGUAUUGAUUGACUCCUCAUUUCACCCUUCAAACAUGAAACCAGGAUCAAAGAAUGGGUGGCAAUCAAUCAUGCCUAUUCAAUUGCGAGGCAAAUCAGCUGCCCAUUUUUGCAUGUUCUCUAAAGUGAAGUCAGAAAGCUUUAAUCCUGGCAGCACACCUGUUUAUCUCAAUGUGUAUGACUUGACAACCAUCAAUGGCUAUUUCUAUUGGGCAGGCCUUGGUGUCUUCCACACUGGGGUGGAAGUUCACGGCGUAGAAUAUGCUUUUGGAGCCCAUGACUACCCAACAAGUGGUGUUUUUGAGGUUGAACCUCGGAAAUGCCCUGGAUUCAGGUUCAGAAAGUCAAUAUUCAUGGGAAUGACAUACUUGGAUCAUAUCCAGAUUAGAGAAUUCAUUGAGCAUCAAUCUGCUAGCUACAUUGGUGAUACAUAUCACUUGGUUGUGAAGAAUUGCAAUCAUUUCUGUGAGGACAUAUGUUUCAAGCUGACUGGGAACCAGAUGCCAAAAUGGGUAAAUCGGCUAGCAAGAAUAGCUCGUGUCUUUGUAGGUUCACUCUGCAACUUUAUACUCCCAAAGGCCCUUAAAGCUUCUGCUGUGCGACAUGACCCAAAUUUCCAGGGCUACAAUAGUGAAAAGAAGAGACUAAGGAGCUCCUUCAGUUGCUUGUCAUCCAUUUCAAUGCAUCCGAGGGAAAGCGAAGUAUCAAUAUCUUCAUUAUUUUUACAAUCCCACUAUAAAGGCUGCCUACCACCAUGGGAAUUGAAGAAAUCCGAUGGCCACUUGAAGGAAGGGUAAGAAGGCUCUUUCCUAUACCAACAUUGUCUAUGGUAUUUUAUAUUCUUCCUCACAGGGUGGAGCCAAUCUUUUGUUGCCCAUGAGCCUUAGGAGGGUAAACUAUGUGAAAGCAUGCUGUAUAGAAUGACAACACCACCGGCUUGUCUUUGUAUUUUUGGAUUUUGAUUUCCUAUGCUGGAGUGAACUUGUUGUUCUGUAGGAUUGUAUUAUGGUGUCCCAACAUUUGACAUAUGAAGAAGUAUUUUCAUGUCAGAAGUAGAAACCAGAUAGCUUGCUGCAAUGUUCCCGAAAGCGUCAUUGAGUUCUUUUGUCUCCAAGACUCUUCUAUCUUUGGGGAUUAGUUUUUUGCAUUUGUGAUUAUAAUAUAUUUUGUAUCCUAUUAACCUAGUCUUUCAAUUGAUGUAGCUGUUUGAUUUGUGAUUCUUUGGAUUGAAUUAGUAAAGCGUUUUCACUUUCUUGAAA